AUCUAUGCAAAUUGAUACUUUAUUUAUAUUUUCCGUAUACCCAUCUUAAAAUAUAUCGUGGGUAUGUCAAUACUCAUCAGUUUCCGUCAUUAAAUCAUUCGACUUUUUGUGAUUUCUUGUACUUGUAGAAUUUCCUGAAAGACUCCAACAUUCAAAAAUCAUAAAUGAAAUAUAUAUAUUACUAUCCAUAUGAUUUUUGCCCUAUAUAACACAUGGGAAACUGAGUUAUUUUAUAACUUUUCCCUGUAUAACUCAGCUUUUGUAUCUUUAAUGUUCUCGUUAUAUUGUUUACCAUUCCAGGCCGUCUGUGUUGCAUUUCACAGCCAUCUAGCCAUUGUCACGUCUGCAGAGGAUAAUGCUUUUUUGAAAUCGGAAAUCCAAAAUUUACAAACUAGCGCUGCGUAUUGGAUUGAUGGAACUGACAUUGAAGUUGAAGAUAUAUGGCGUUGGACGUUUACUGGCGAAAGAGUAACCUUCGUCAAUUGGGGCAGUGGCCAACCAAAUAACGGCCAUGCGGCGAACUGUAUGAGUCUGUAUGGGGGUCUAUCAUUCGACAUGGCUGACGAACAUUGCAGUACCAACUUCAACUACAUCUGCCAAAUGAGUGAUGCUGAUGCAAGUGAAUUGAUUGGAUGAACUCUUCAUAAUGAGCAUAUUCACAAUUAUUUCAUCGUAUACUUUGUAUACUUUAGAUAAAUAAUAAAAUGUUU